UCCAUUCGGAGGUGGCGGAUCGGUCCUCGAAACAAAGCGACACUCGUCAUUAGGGCGGCUCGGGACUGUCUUGGUGGUUGUAUACCACCUACCAUCAUUCAAAAGUAUCAUCAACGUGACUUCGGAGAGGUGUGAAUCUCGGUAAUGCCGCAAGGUGGUCGUGUGCGUCGUCGUCGUCGUAGAACCGAACAAGUUUUGUAAAUAUAGCGCUGCCGCGAGUUUUGCUUGCCGUGGGGAAGUCCUCUCCAGCAGGUUUGAGUACUGACGAAGACGUCGCAGAGUGUCGAACGGUUUCAAACUGCGCGAAUCGUAAUCAGCUCCAGGUGCGGCGAAACAAGUGCCAAGACAGACGAUAGAGUUCCGACACGUGGGAAGUGCCAAGUGCAGCGUCCGUUUUCAACGAUGGAGAAGUGCAGAGUGCUGUUUUGUGGACUGCUGCUCGUAAUUUCCCCAGCACUGGGUCAAACGCCGGCUCAAACGUACAACACCAAUGUUUGGAAGAGCUAUUGUCAGCCAUCAAAUGGAAACGUACGUAGUGCAAUAGAAGCGUUUCGACCUUUAUGCGAAGGUACUCACACAGUUGAAUGCUGCAAUAAUGUGGCGAAACUGAUUUCGAGUAAUCCAAACUCGUAUCUCUGCUCUCUGAACGCCAAUGGCUAUACUUUCACCAAUGACUGCAAAUCAUCUGCGGAUUCCAGUAUUGUUUUCAGAGAUGAUUCUUAUGAUGUCUCAGAUACUUACUACCCUAGGCAAAAAAUAUCCAGUACGGCGAAUAAGCAAGAAUACCGUCCAGCUCAACCUAUAUAUACUCAGACUCGCGCACAGUCUGUGACCACGCCUCGAUCAGCUAAUGGACAAUCUUCGUACCAGGGUGCACCACCAGUUCCGACGAAUACAUUCCAGUUCAACUUUGGUAAUCCACAGGAUUCUAUCCAAGUACCAAUCGCUUCGCCGGGCUCAUCGCAAAGCAACGGAUCAAGGCAACCUCCUAGGUUGACACAACGACCUUCCAAUAAUGUAAAUUCUCAGUCCAAUACCAAUGGGAACACCAACGACGACGAUAACGGCGACAUUUACGAAGACGACAGAUUGAUUGUCGAGACCGGAACCGCUGGAUAUCAAGCGACGGAGUUCGCGUUGAAUCUCUUCAAGAAUUUGGAUCGACCAGCUAACGGCGAUACCGUUAUAAGCCCUCUGCUGCCACAGAUGCUGUUAUCGAAUUUACUUGACUAUGCCAGUCCGGUGGCAAAAUCAGAACUCAAACAGACCGUCCUUUUGCAUCCCGAACAGCUUGCUUCCAUAGUUGCUAAGCUCGACAAGAUUUCCAAGUCAACGGUUAACACCAUCGAAAUAGCUUCUGCUAAUUUUGUAGCUGAAGAUGUAAAGCUGAACAAUACAUACUCAACGGACGUCAGACAACGGAAUGUGGAAGUGAGGCGAGUAGAUUUUAGUCAGCCCUAUCUUGCAGCCCGUAAUGCUAACAAUUGGGUCUCUGGAAAAACCCAUAACUUGAUUAACGAGAUUCUGAAUCCUAGUUCCGUUAGUCCGUACACUCGACUGCUUCUGGCCAACACCAUCUACUUCAAAGGUAUGUGGAAGUACACAUUCAUUGAAACAAAUCCAGGAAAGUUUGAGGCAUCACCAAACAAUCCACGACAGAUCAAUAAAAUGUUCCAGCUGAAUAAACUCCGUUACGGAACGCUAAGUUUCCCCGAUGGAAACGGACUUCGUUGGGUAGAACUACCCUAUGAAGGUAACAGACUGGCCAUGCUGGUCUUCCUACCCACUGUACGGCAUCAGCUGGAAGCCUCCCUUCGUCAACUCAAACCUUACGAUCUUGCCAAAGUGAUGGCCGCAAUGCGAACAAAUUACAUCAACACCAAGGUGCAUUUGCAUAUGCCCAAGUUUACGCUGACCGACUCGGUGUCGUUGAUACCGGCUUUGCAACGAAUGGGAAUACACUCGAUUUUCCAGGAUCAGGACGCACUGCAAUACAUUGCCAACGAAUCUACGAUGGUUUCCGAUGUUACGCAGAGAUCGUAUAUGAGUGUAGACGAAUUCGGAACCAAGGCUACCUCGGUGGCUUCCCUGUCAAUUGUUACGCUGAGCAUAACUCCCCAAUUUAAGGACGUACAGUUCGAUGUCGAUCAACCAUUCUUGACUAUGAUUGUUGAUAAGCAGGAACGCUACCCGAUCUUCAUUGGAGUGAUCAAUAAUCCAAGGGAAUAAGCGUAAAGCAGCGCAUGUAACUGGUAAAAUCAGCUAGGAUAAUAAAGUGCAGCUGCUGAAUAUGA